AUGCGGCUAUCCGCUCGAUCGAUAGACAGCCAAGUCUCGAAGAGUGUCGAUGCCAAGCGAGUUGUCGAGAUCUAUCCGCUGAAAAAUGAUACAACGCAAGGAAAACACCCAUGCUCGGGCGUAUUGCUCGCGGGUGACAUUGUGGCAACCGCUUCGCAUUGUUUUUUAGAUUUUUUUCUGCAGUAAGUUGACGAAAGCUCAUAAUAAUCUUUAGACGCGGACAACGAUAUUACGUAAAGCUGGGCGAUCAAGAGUCGCUUGCCGCAAGACUCUACUAUCAAAAUUAUGCACAGCCCGUAGGUUUGUCUUCCCUAGACUUAGUACAGCGAAUUGCAAGAGACCAAAAAUGUGUGAUAUGUAGAAAGAAGGGUUUCGUUGUGCAUGUUAAUCUUGGCCUGAAGCCAACUGGUGGAACCUCUGAAAUUGUUCGUUAUAGACAUUUUUUGUUGUAACAAACUCCUUGUACUAAGGUCUGACGGUCAUCUAUUAUAUUUAUCUUUAUUUAUUAAUAUCCCCUUUAGUGCAGAGACACAGGUAUACUGAUCCUCGAGAAAAACCUCACAACGCCUUCAGUCCCUCUGUAUGUUAGAUGUGGAGCGGAAUGGAGAGCAGGAAAUUGCACGGGAUAUGGAUACGGACUCACGGAACGUACGAUACAACUUAACAUUAUAAUCAAAAACUUUAGACAAUACUUCAUCGACCGAGGUGCGUGAAGUGCCCUACAAAGUCGAAAACUCUACACAAGAUGAAUUAAAACACGAUACGUGUUCAGUGGCAUCGUAUUUGACAAAAGCCAAACCUUGCUUUGUAAGGAAGAAGUUGUCGUUGCAGAUUUUGGGAGAAAGAAUUACAGUGGACCUCUGUGCAACAACUUUUUAUUUGUUAUAAAAAGGCUUGGAGGUUCAUUUUGGAGCUUUUGGGAAUUCUGAAAUUGUUCGUUUUAGACGGGUUUUGGUGAAUGGGUGUUCGUUGUACACAGGUCCGCUGUAUUUUUUUGGACUGAAAAAUCAACACACCACUAUAUACAAAAGAUAAGAUCACAUCCUUUUUCUAGGGUGAUUCUGGAGGCCCAACCAUCUGCAAUGUCGACGGAAAGUCUGUGUUCGUUGGCGUCCUUUCGAGAGGGUUACCGCCGGCCAAUAGGAAAAAGGAAAUGGAAAAAACUAAAGAUCCGCUUGCACAAUGCAAAAUUUGUGUAGCGGCGGGUCUCGCAAACACCAACGCAUUGAUGUUGUUGCUCAAAGAAAUCCCAAAGGAUGACAGAGAAUAUAUAUUCAGCCGAAUUAAGCAUUUGAAUUGUAAUGUUGAAUGA